AUGUCCGCUCUCUGGACCCAAGUCAGCGGCUCAUCGGCCGCAGAGACGGUACCGUUGACGCCACGCGAAGCAGCAUCGGGUCUGCUGGGCUCGAUCUCUCUCACCUGCUGGAUCUUUCUGCUGGUGCCCCAACUCAUCGAGAACUACCGUAACGGCAACGCCGAAGCCAUCUCCUUCCUCUUCCUGUUCGUCUGGUUCGUCGGCGACGUGGCCAACCUGAUCGGAGGCGUCUGGGCCGGGCUGGUCCCCGUCAUCAUCGCCAUAGCCGUGUACUUCUGCAUCGCGGACGGGGUGCUCAUCACGCAAUGUCUGUACUACAAGGCGCGGAACGCCAACCUCUACACCCUCAACCGACGCCGAUCCUCCGUCGAGACCCUCGAUCCGACGACCCCCUUGCUCGGCCGGCGCUUCAGCGAGAACCUGCCCGAUAAUGCGACGGGACGUCGUCGCUCAUGGACGACGCAGCAGCAGCAACAGGCCAACGGUGCUGACGGGACGCUGGCCAAGAUUGUCGAGGAGAAUGACACCGGUCGCAACGCUUGGGUCAAGAAUAUCAGCAGCGUGUUGGCAAUCUGCGUGAUCGGGAUGGCUGGGUGGACGGUCGCGUGGCAGUCGGGGGUCUGGAAACCUGCUCCUCAGGAGAACCACGGCGGGGUCGAUAUGGCAGCCGGAGCGCAGCUGGUGGGAUACUUCAGCGCGAUCUGCUAUCUCGGAUCUACAAGAACUACUGUGACAAAUCAUGCGAGGGUAUGUGAUAUGAUUACCUAUGCAGGCUACGGACGCAAGGAAGCAAAGGACACCGAACACGAGCUCGCUAACCCGAUGAUCUUGAUAGGCUUGUCUCUCUUGUUCUUUAUCCUUUCUCUCAUGGGAAACCUGACCUACGGUGCCGGGAUUCUCUGCCACUCUACCGAGAGGAACUAUGUCAUCACCAAUGUUCCCUGGUUGAUUGGGUCUCUGGGAACGAUGGUCGAAGACAUCGCGAUUUUCAUGCAAUUCCGCCUCUACGCCGCGGCUGACUCGACCGCCGCGGUGGUAUAA